AGCCACCGCGCCCGGCAGAUCCUCAGUUUUCUUGGGGAUCUUAGAUGUCUGGGUUUGUGAGAGGUUAGGGAGUUGGGAAGUAGGAUUUGCCAGUCUUCAUGUGGCCAGGGACAGCAUAGAGCCUCUCUGGCUUCUUCCAGGUGUUGGACAUGGCCGCGGACAGCUUCCUUGCCGGGCUGGUGAGUGUCCUGGAUCCCCCGGAUACCUGGGUUCCCAGCCGCCUGGACCUGCGGCCUGGCGAAAGUGAGGACAUGCUGGAGCUGGUGGCUGAGGUCCGAAUCGGGGACAGAGAUCCCAUUCCUCUGCCUGUGCCCAGCCUGCUGCCCCGUCUCAGGGCCUGGAGGACAGGCAAAACGGGUAUGUGGGGCCAGGGUGGAGCUGGGCAGGUGGCCUUGGAGUUGUGUGGGGAUCGGCUGUUUUUGGUAGUGAUGGUGGUGGUGAUUGUGUCAUUAGAACCUUUCCCUUCUCUUUGUAUGAGAUGUGAUCAAGGCUGUAGGUGCAUACAGAUGUACAUAAAGUAAAAACCGAUGUGCUGGGGCUAUGUGGGAGCGGUCAGCAUGUGUGACACUUGGUUUCGGCACACUAAGCGUUAGUGUCACUGCACUGGGACUUCAUCUCUCCAGGAGGGGGACUCUUCGAGUUGCUAUAUUCAGAGAAGCAGGCAGCCUGAAAAAUGGCAGGCACUUGCCCAAGGGCGCACAGCCAGAUGCUCCAUGGGGUGCCUGGGCCUUGAGCCCUGGUGUGUCUGUGAGUCUGAAGCCUAAGUUUUUGAUUUCUGAGAUGUGCGCUGCCCAAGGAGGAAUCUUCUCCUCCAACCCUACACGCAGUGGUAACCCUGUGAGCAGUUUAUUUUAUUUUAUUUUAUUUUUUUGUGAGACGGAGUCUCGCUCUGUUGCCCGGGCUGGAGUGCAGU